AUGUGUAUGCUGCGUUAUCUCCUGCUCUCGGUCGGGAACGUCGCGGCGGACGUCACAUGCGAGUUUGUCCUGCGCCAGAAGAUGAACCCGCCCGGAGGAGCUGCCCUUACGCCCGAGCCCGUCUGCGUGAAGCCGGGCACGCGGGCGCCCGUGUACGAGUUCUCGCCAUCCCUGCCCAAGGCCUUCGUUGCGAGCCGGGGGGGCGUCCGCCAGCUCGGUGGCAAAUUCGUCACGAUUGUCGGUGGCAACGCCAGCGCCGAAAAGUCCGUCCCAACGGUCUUCAUCCCAGCGAGCGCCACCGUGGUCGCAGACGGACCCGCAAGCGGCGUGCAGAGCCUGAGCGCCGCCGCCACGGGCACGAAAAAGGUCUUGGUUGCCAGGAUGAGGAGCACCACACAUGGUCAGGAGCCGACGCCGACGAUCAAUGACCUAAAGGAGCGCGUCUUUGGCAUGGGAAUCAGCCCCGUGGCCGUCAACUUCAAGUCGCAGUCCGCCGCCUGCUCAGAGAAUGACCUUAUCAUCGAACCGGGCUGUGCUGAGAUCAGCGACGGUGUGAUGAAUCUCGACCUCGACAUGGACCUCUCGCCAGGCGUGGAUUACAACGCGGUGCAGACUGCAGCGUUUGCAAAGCUCAACGCCUUAGGCCUGCGUGAUGCCGCAACAGCCGACUAUGUCAUGUAUAUCGCGUAUGCCUACAUCAAUUGGUGGGCAUCAUUCUACAGUGACACGUGGGGCGGGUCUGUCUCCGCCCACAUGCACGAAGUCGGCCACAACUUUGGACUCGCCCACUCCGGCGAGCUUGGCGAGGAGUACGGCGACCAGUCUUCGUAUAUGGGCUACAGCUACUCCAGUAUCGGCUCGCCCGCGAUGUGCUACCACGGCGGGCAGCACCGCAGCCUCGGGUGGUACAGCACCCACACCACCGAGAUCGCAGCCUCCGACUUUGUCAGCGGCCAGAACGAGCUCGUCGACCUGUUCGCAUUCACCGACGUCCAGGCCCUGUCCGCAGGGGACCCCGUCAUCAUCAAAUUGGACGUCGCCAAUGCGGGCUAUGCGCUCUACCUACAGUACAACAAGGCGGAGGCCCACAACAGCGGCGUGGUAGAGUCCGCAAACCUCGUCACCGUCGUCCAGGACGCGCUCAACACCCCGGCGUACCAGCAGUCGUGGAAGGUGGCGUCGCUCGGUGAAGGGACCACCUACGACGACAAUCUGCGCGUCAAGUUCUUGGCCAAGGUCACCCUGGAAAAUCAGCAGCCCGUCCGCUCCGUGACUGUCACCAAGACGUCAAAGGCGAGGAAGUAUCUCGAGGACUUCGAGGUCUGGAUCGGCAAGAAGGCUGGAGAAAAGGCGGUGAAGUGCGGCGGACCGUUCGCCUGGUCAAAAAUCAAGAAGGGGCCAGUCACGACGCCGUGCGAUUCUGUCAACUCCAAGCACCGCUACGUCACUGUCAUUCUCCCGGGCACUAGAAGAACGCUCGCGUUUUGCGAGAUAGAGGUACAUUAG